AUGGUUGUGCCUUCUCCAACUUCCAUGAUGAGAAGUUGCAAGAAAACAAAGGCAAUGGGAAUUCCAACGAUUGACCUAUCCAUGGAAAGGUCAGAGUUGUCAGCACUAGUGGUAAGAGCCUGUGAAGAAUAUGGUUUCUUCAAAGUGGUCAACCACAGUGUGCCAAAAGAGGUCAUUUCAAGAUUGGAAGAAGAGGGAACUGAGUUUUUUGCCAAACCCACCCAAGAAAAACGCCAAGCUGGCCCAGCCACUCCUUUUGGUUAUGGCUUCAGCAAUAUUGGCCCCAAUGGUGAUAUGGGUGACCUUGAGUAUCUCUUACUUCAUGCUAAUCCGCUUUCCAUAUCUGAGAGAUCCAAAACCAUCGCUAAUGACUCUUCCAAGUUCAGUUGUGUAGUGAAUGAUUAUAUUGAAGCAGUAAAAGAAGUAGCGUGUGAGAUUGUGGAUAUGGUGGUUGAGGGGUUAGGGGUCCCAGACAAGUUCUCACUUAGCAGGAUGAUAAGGGAUGUGCAUAGUGAUUCAGUUCUUAGGAUAAAUCACUACCCUCCAUUGAAGCUCAGGUUGCAGGGCAACAAGAAUAGCAUUGGCUUUGGGGCGCAUUCUGACCCUCAGAUAUUGACCAUCAUGUGGUCCAACAACGUUGGAGGCCUUCAAAUUUCCACCACCGACGGCUUGUGGAUACCUGUCCCCCCUGACCCCAAUCAAUUCUUCGUCAUGGUUGGUGAUGUCCUCCAGGUUUUGACGAAUGGAAGGUUUAUAAGCGUGAGGCACAGAGCAUUAACGAACACAAUGAAGGCAAGGAUGUCGGUGAUGUACUUUGCAGCACCACCACUUAAUUGGUGGAUAACACCGCUGCCGAAGAUGGUGUCGCCACCACAAAAUCCAAGUCUGUAUAGGCCCUUCACAUGGGCCCAGUACAAGCAAGCAGCAUACUCUCUACGGCUCGGAGAUUCUCGUCUUGACCUCUUCAAGGCCCAACAAGAUACCCAUCUUGUAGCUGCCUCUGCUUCACAUAUUCAAUGUUGA